UUAAAUAGGAGGAUCUCUCACCCCACCAGAACAAGUCGAAGGGGUCAUCGAGGUGGUGAAGGAGUGCCAGAGUGCCUUCAGCAAACACCCAACCGAUUUUGGAAAAACCUCCAUGAUUAAGCAUCGAAUCCUGACCGGCGAUAAACCCCCCAUCAAGGAAAGGCAUCGGCCUGUGGCACCAGGCAUGUACCAAACCGUCAAGAAACUGUUAACCGACAUGAAGGAGGCAGAUGUAAUACAAGAGAGCCAGAGUCCCUGGGCAGCACCCAUGGUGUUAGUUAAGAAGAAGGAUGGGACCAUCCGUUUCUGUGUUGAUUACAGGAAAUUGAACGACAUCACCCAUAAAGACGCAUACCCUCUCCCCCGGAUUGAGGAGUCACUCACUGCGCUGGGUUCUGCGGCCUACUUCUCUACAUUGGAUCUGACCAGCGGAUACUGGCAGGUGCCCAUGGCCGUCGAAGACAGGGAGAAAACAGCCUUUGUCACCCCCAUGGGUCUUUUCGAAUUUAAAAGUAUGCCCUUUGGGCUGUGCAAUGCCCCAGCUACCUUUCAACGGCUGAUGGAGAGAUGUCUGGGACACCUUAACUUCCAGAGUGUCCUACUCUACCUGGAUGACGUGAUUGUGUAUUCCAAAUCCUAUCAGGAACAUUUGACUCACCUGUCCGACGUCUUCCAAGUACUGAUCCAGCAUGGUCUGAAAGUCAAACCCUCCAAGUGCCACCUACUCAAGCCACAAGUACAUUACCUGGGCCACGUCGUCAGUCCUGAAGGGGUCCAACCUGAUCCAGCUAAAGUCGAAGUUGUCAAGAAUUGGCCUAUCCCACGCACCGUUAAGGAUAUUCGGAGCUUCUUAGGAUUUUCAGGAUAUUACCGCUGCUUUAUUCCUCAUUUUGCACAAAUUGCCGAGCCAUUGACCUCUCUCCUGCGAGGCACGGCGAAGGGGAACUAUAAUGGCAAGCUGCCUGUGGAAUGGGCCAAAGAGCAAGAGGUGGCCUUCCAGGCUCUAAAACAUCUAUUGACAGAGCCUCCCAUCCUGGCCUAUCCGGAUUAUACUCAGCCUUUCCGACUGUAUACAGAUGCCAGCUUUGAAGGACUCGGGGCAGUGUUGUCCCAGAUGCAGGGAAAACAAGAGAGGGUGAUAGCUUACGCCAGCCGGAAUCUGCGAGGGGCUGAGAAGAAUGAUUCUAACUACAGUUCCUUCAAGUUAGAGCUCCUGGCCCUCGUGUGGGCAGUCACCGAAAAAUUUAAGGACUAUUUGUCAGCCACCUCAUUCACGGUCUACACCGAUAACAACCCCCUGGCUCACCUGAACACCGCUAAACUAGGUGCCCUUGAGCAAAGAUGGGCCUCCAGACUGACCAACUAUGACUUCUCUAUCAAGUACCGAAGUGGCAAGUCUAAUAUUAAUGCGGAUGUGCUAUCACGCAUGGCUCCUGGCGAAGAUUCCCCAGUGGAGGGCAAGUGGGAAGAUGUGGAAAUGCCUCCCUUCUAUCAAAGAUUCGUGAAUCAGGAUGUGGUCGUCACCCGCGAGGGGAGUGAAUCUGGGUCUAAAACAAUCCAGGAAGACCUGUAUACCUGGAGGACCCUACAGGAAGAAAGUCAGACUAUGGGAGAUCUGCAGGAGUAUUUAUUGACCAGGAGGAGCGAGAGGCCCAACCAAUUGGUCGCCUUGGAUCAUGUCAAGCUGUCACCUACCCGGUCCGGGUAUUCAUAUGCUCUGACCAUGGUGGAUCACUAUUCCAAGUGGGUAGUGGUUGUGCCAGUCAAAGACUUAACAGCCAAGACAACAGCCCAGAUGUUCUACACCCAUUGGGUACAGAUACUUGGAUGUCCUGAAACUGUCUUGUCCGACCGAGGUCCGGCCUUUGAGGCCCAACUGUUUCAAGAAUUGUGCCAGUUCCAUGCUUGUAAGAAACUCAGGACCACUGCCUAUCAUCCGCAAGGGAAUGGACUCUGUGAGAGGAUCAACAAGGUGUUUAUCCACAUGCUGAGAGCGGCUUCUGUAUCCCGACCUGAAGAGUGGCCUCAACUAAUGCCCGAAUUGUUGGAAAUCUACAACAAUACCAUCCACUGUUCCACUGGUUAUACUCCAUUUUACCUCAUGAUGGGCCAACACGGUCAACUGCCUAAAGACAGGGUCUUUGGACUUCAAGCACCUUUCAACCACUCCCCCCAAGCCUCUUCGGAGUGGGUCUCGGAACAUCAGAAAAGGAUUCAGGAAGCGAGAGAGAUAGUCAACAAAAAGAUGGGCGAGGCACACUAUAGGCAGCAACAGGACUACAACCGCCAUGCCUCUGCCCAGCCGUUGCAAGUUGGUGAUAAAGUCUGGCUGAAGAAGCAUCCUAGAACCCAUAAGUUGGACUCCCUUUGGGAAACUGAACCAUACACAGUGAUUUCCAUCCCUUAUCCGGACUCUGAUGUCUACUCAGUUCAAAAAAACGGAUAUGAACCACAAGUUGUCCACCGAAACCGGAUCAAGCUGUGUCACAAAGGGAACCUGCCUGUGUUGGUGCCUCCUUCUGCACCACCAAGUCUUCCACCUCCAGUUCAGCCAGCACAAGUGCGGCCCACCAAGCCAGUUGAGCCUGAGAGGCCACUCCUGAUGUUCGAAGAUGAUCCUCUCUUCCCUUCUGAUCAAAACGUAUUCUUUGGUUAUGUGCCAAUCAUUUCCAUUCCAUCAACCUCAGUCUUGGCACCAGAAGCUCCAGAGUUUACUCCAGCCAUCCGCUCACCUGCUGCAGUGCCAUCAGAACCUUCUAAUGUGGGAGAAAGCUCCAUAAGUCAAGAGCCAUCACAGGCCCCCAUUGUCCAAGAUGAAGGUGCAGCUGUCAGUCCAGAAGAAGCAAGUGUUCAAGGAGAAAACAGUGCUCCAGAAAACUCAGAAAUGGUGUUGCGUAGAUCCACCAGAUCUAAUUUCGGAUAUCCCCCAGCAAGAUAUAGGGAUUAA